CGACAAUGUCGCCGUGGCUUCACAUUCGGGUUUCUUAGACAGGCUGACGUGGUUAGACUAAGCGCCAAGGGUACGGGUCAUACUUGUUCGUGGUCCGGCUAGGAGGGUUUUCCAAAAACGUGGAACUUAGUUAGCCAAUGUUCUCGCUUAUCAGUCGGCCGCAGGUUAUUCGGCCGUUACGUGCUUAACGGUCCAGGCUGUUUCCAAGGCCUGGGCCCUAUGUCUUCCUAGAAACGAGUAGAAACGACCCUAGAGCCGAGUAGAAACAAUAGCUUGAGAAUAGUAUAUCAAUCCUUUCGAGCAGCGUAGCUGGUAACAGCACAGGCAGCGAGAGAAACGUACGGCUACGAUCACAUUUGCGGAGAUGGCGGCGGACAGGGAGCAUCACAUCCGCCGGAUGGACCGGAACAUAUUCGGCCUUCUCGAGGGACACAGGCUUGACUCUCACGUGGUGCCUCCGCCUUACUCCGAGCACCACUUCAGGCGCCGGUCGCAGUUCCACCCCUCGUUAUUGUCACGCCUCGCACUGGAAACCGUCAUGGAGGGUCAUCGGGGGUGUGUGAACGCUAUAGGAUGGAAUCGAUCCGGCUCUCUUCUCCUCUCGGGAUCCGACGAUUUCAUGGUGAACGUGUGGGACUACAACUCACGCCGCUUGCUGCAUUCUGUAGAUUCCGGCCACUCCGGCAACAUCUUCUGCGUGCGCUUCAUGCCGGAUACGGGCGAUGACCUGCUGGCCUCUGGUGCGGGCGACAACGAGGUGCGAGUUCACAGACUCUCUCGCUCCCCCACUGCUGCCUCCGCCACGUCAUCCUCCACUCCUGCAACCGGUUCGCCAGGCGCCGGCCGGCAAGAGUCGUCCGCAUCCGCUGGUCCCUCCCACUCGUCAGAGCAGGCGGCUCUGUUCCGGUGUCACACUCGACGGGUCAAGAAGCUGGCGGUGGAGGAGGGCAAUCCGCAUGUGGUGUGGAGUGCCAGCGAGGACGCAACGCUCCGUCAGCACGACCUAAGAGAGACCUCUAUCUGUCCGCCUCCUUCGAGCCACGCCCACUCGCACUCCCCUCUCAACCACUCCUUGUCUCACGGCGCUUCCGAGUGCCGCGGUGUGCUGCUUGACCUCCGGGCAGCUGGAAAAGUUUCGCUCCAGGAUGCCCCUCGCGAUUCAUUGGCUCUCAAGUCCUGUGCAAUCAGCCCCACUCGACCACACCUGCUGAUGGUGGGAGGAAGUGACGCCUUUGCUCGCAUCUACGACAGGCGCAUGCUCCCGUCGCCCUCCUCUCUCUCCCGCGCCUCUCCUCGACCCAAGCCCCCACCUUCUGUGCUCCUGCUCGCCCCUAGCCACCUCUCUGAACCGCAAGGGCGCUCAGGCCUGCAUCUCACCCACGUGGCCUUCUCAGCCAAUGGGGACGAGGCGUUGCUGAGCUACAGUGGCGAACACGUGUACCUUUUUGACCUGGAUAGAGCAACCAUCCCGUCAAUGGUCUACACUCCAGCUGACGUGGCAUCGUCUCACAGGCUGGCUCCACUCAAGCCUUCCGACCUUCAUUACAAUCACACCACUGGCAGCACCAGCAGUGGUGCUGGUGCUGGUGGGGGGCGCACAAACGGGUUCUGUCAAACUGAGCAACAGCAACAACAAGAGCACCAAUUUAACCACCAGCAUAAACCCACGUUUCCUCGCUUAAAGCCCCAUACGUCCGAACCUGGAUCAGCUAAGCCCUCCUUGCCUGCCAGCCUUGGGGAGACAGACAGGAAUGGCACCCUGCCGAAGCAGACCGACAGGUUCGGCAGCGGCAGCAGCAGUGUGUGGGAGAGGUACACCAACGGCCGGACCGAGCUGCCUCGAGCGGGAGUGGUUCGGGACCGAGCCGUGGGCCCAGGCUUGGGAGCGAAGGACCGGGAGUAUGAAAAGCUGCAAGAGUGCGAGCAGCUGCUGGAGGAAGCUUCUGCGAUAGUUCUCGGCCUCGAGGCGGAGUCGGAAACAGCUAGGGUGGCAGGUGAAGGCGGAGAGGGGCAAGCUGCAGGGGGGGCCACAACUGGGGGAGGCACAUCUGGUGCAGGGGCGCAGGGAGGGGCGUCAGGGGGGGCGUCAGGUGGGGUGGGCAGGAGGGUGUCUCGGGAGAGGGCGAGGGGUCAGCAGCUGGCUUCCGGACGGCGGGCCAGCCUGGCAAUAGACCUGUGCUCUGAAGUGCUGGAGGAGGGGGGCGAGGUGGUAGGCGUGGGGAUAAGGCACGAUGCUCUCUGCACGCGAGCUGCCGCAUUUCUGGAGAGGGGAUGGAAGAACGACUCACUUAUGGUGCUGCGUGACUGUAACGAAGCCAGGCGGAUCCUCCCCACGUCCAUCCGCGCUCACCUCUACAUGGCCCAUGCCUUCUCCCAGUUGGGCAAGCAUCAGGAGGCAGUAGAGUUUGCAGAGCGAGCAGCUGUGUUCGAUAGUAACCUCUCCUCUUAUGUCAUGUCUUUGAGAGCCAAGAUGGCUGCUGCAGAGGAGGGGCGUCAGAACCGACUAAGUGCAUGGGGGCAGGGGCACAUGGGGGGUGGGGGGGACGGGGGGAGCAGCAGCAGCAGCAGCGGCACCAGCAGCAGCGGGGGCAGCCCCGCUGCUCCCUCUGGCACUGGUGCAGCAGGCACAGCAGCAGAAGCAGCAGCAGAGACCGAGACAGGCACAGACACAGGUGCCACUAUAGAGGCGAGUGCUGGUGGUGUUGGUGGCGGUAGCAGCGGUGCUGCUGGUGCUGUUCCUGCUUCUGCUGCUGCUACGGCUGGUGCUGUGAGAAGUACUUCUGGUGCUCCUGCGGCUGCUGGUGCUGGUAGUGGUGCUGCUGGUGCUGCUGCUUCUGGAGCUGCUGCUGGUGGUGGCGGCGGCAGCCGCAGCAAUCCACACAGGCGCAUCAGCAUCCGCUCUCUAAGUGAAUUACUUAGGUCGCGCUCGCGCCGGCGUGGGCACUUACUUAGUGAGAAUGAGGGGCCUGCUUUGGCUGGAGAGGCUCCAGCAGUAGUGGUCGGAGAGGAGGGAGUGGGGGCAGAGAGACCGGGGGAGGCAGGAGAGGGGGGAGAGGCGGGAUUGGGGGAGGGGGGAGUGGGGGAGGGGGGAGGUAGUGGAAGAUUUGGGGGUCAGGGGGGAGAGGAGAGGGAUGCGAGUGGGGAGAGGAGGAGAGAAGAGCGGGUAGAGGACGAAUGGGAGGAAUUUGAGGAAGAGGAGGAAGGGGAGGAGGGGGAGGAGGGGGAUGAAGACAGAGAUGAGGAGGCGGAGGUGAAUAUUCAGGUUGAGUUAGGUGUUGGAAGGGAGAGAGGGGAGAGAGAGGAGGGAGCGGGGCUAGAGGAGAGGGGAGGAGAAGGAGGAGGAGAGGGGGGGGGGGACCAAGGAGGCAAGGAGAAGAGGAGAGGGGGGGGACAGAGAGGGUGAGUCUGAGUCUUAGGCUGCGGAGGAGCAGAGAGGGGGAGGGGGACAGGGAGGAGGGGGUGAGGAGGGAGAAGAGUGCGCGAGGGGCGAGUGGGGAGACGAGGAGAAUGGGGGGAGGGAGUGUGAUUGCGAGGGAG